AUGAAGCUAAUCCCCCUUAUUCUUCCCUCCUGCUUGGCCAGCGCUCAGGCUCUAGGUCAACGCCUGAAUUUCACCGUCGACGCAACCGGCCGCGGCUGUCCACCGGGCUCUGUAUCGGCUACCAUUUCCCCUGACGCCCAGGUCAUGACUUUUGGUUUCGACAAGCUCCAAGCUUACAUCGGCCCAGGUUACGACCUUGCUGCAAGAACAUCAAACUGUGGAGUCCAUAUCACGAUCAAUCGUCCAAACAGCCACGUGCAGUAUGCUGUUGUUGAGAACACCUAUCACGGCUAUGAGCAUCUGGACAAAAGUAUCACUCUCACGCUCCUGUCGACGUUGUACCGCUCGGAUAACGCGGGGCAGGUGAUGACUACAUCGGCCGCUAUUCCGGGUUCAGGCGUGGGCCAGACAUUCACCAGGACGGUGGCUGUUCCGGAGACCGAGUACCUGUGGUCAACAUGUGGGAGCAAUUCGACUCUGUGGAUGUUGAGUGAAAGAAUUUCAUUGACGAGCAGGGAGAGAGGUGUUGAGGGAAAGUUUCAGGAUGAGGGCGAGGGUGUUGUACCGCUGACAAGGCAGCUGCGGCUUCUGUGA